UGGGCGCAGUCGUAUUGUUGUUACUGGAAAUAUUGCCGGACCGUUACGCAGCUGCAGAGCUUACAAAAUAUAAUAUUCUUCGUACGAAAACUAGGAGCUCCCCCCCAAAAAGCAAACAUAAAUAAGAAAAUAUUUGUUCGAAAAAUCGAUUUAAAAUCAAAUCAUAAAUCGCAAAGUUCAAGCAUAAAAUGGAUGAACCCCUAGCCAAAAGCAAUACCAACGCAAAUACAACAGCAACAACAACAGCAACAACAUCAGUAGAGAACAACAACAACAACGUUCUCGAAACACCGCCAAAAGUAAACGCAUUCUUCAGCAGCAGCUCAAACUAUCAGAGCCGGGUGCAGCAGCUGAUCAGCUUCAGUUUCACCUCGUCGUUCCAUCUGAUCUUUAUCACAUGCAUCCUGAGCAUCAGUAAAUUUUGUAAUGCCGCCGCCGUGAAUGCAGCUCAGGUGACCGCAUCAGCGCCCAGUCCAAGUAUAAUUAUCUCAAACCUAAGCGGUUCGGCGCUGCUGGAGAAGAUUAUAAAGACCACAACCCUGGGACCGCAAUUGGAUAAGCUAAAAAGUUUUGCACCCGCCGCAGCGAAUAGCAUAAGUGCGACUAGUACCUCGUCCUUCUUCAAUAGCAAGGGCCUCAAUUUGGAAUUCAAGUUCCAGAAUGUGUCGGGCAAAGUAAACACGCCGUUGGAUAUAUCUCAAAGCCUGCCGCACUAUUGCGAGGAGAAGCAGUUCCGUUGCAGGGAGAGCGGCGAGUGCAUACCCAUUAGAUUUGUCUGCGAUGGCGAUACGGACUGCAAGGAUCACAGCGAUGAGCUGCUCGAACAAUGCAAAUUUACAGAAUCCACUUGCGGCGCAGAACAGUUCCGCUGUAAUAACGGCAACUGCAUACCCAACAAAUGGCGCUGCGAUCGUGAGAGCGACUGUGCCGACGGCUCGGAUGAGGCGUCGAGUCAGUGCAAGAGCAAAUCCUGCUCACCGGAUGAGUUCGCCUGCAAGAGCGGCGACGGCGAGUGUAUACCACUUGCCUGGAUGUGUGAUCAGAACAAAGAUUGCAGCGAUGGCAGCGAUGAGGCCACGUGCAAUACCACCUGUCGCUCCGAUGAGUUCACCUGCCGCAACAGCCGUUGCAUUCAGCAGCGUUGGGUCUGCGAUCACGAUGACGACUGCGGCGAUGGCAGCGAUGAGCUCAAUUGCACCAAAGUUGUAUGCCCCAAGAACAUAUCGUUCACCUGCAGCAAUGAUGCCUGCAUAAGCCAGAGUUGGGUCUGCGAUGGCGAACCGGAUUGCCCGGAUGGCGGCGAUGAGCGCAACUGCGGCAUCUUAGGACAGAAUGUAACGCCCUGCCUGCCGCAUGAGUUUCAGUGCAAGGAUCGCAUUACCUGCCUGCACCACAGCUGGCUCUGCGAUGGAGACCUCGAUUGCCCCGAUGGCGAUGAUGAGCUUGUCGCCAACUGCAAGAAUGUCACCUGCCGGCCGGAUCAGUUCCAGUGCGGCGAUCGCAGCUGCAUUGCCGGCCAUCUAACCUGCAAUGGGCAGGCGGAUUGUGCGGACGGCAGCGAUGAACGCGACUGUCAUUUGUCAGCUCAAAUCAAGAGCUGCAACGCCACCAGCGAGUUCGAAUGCGGUGGCGGUCAAUGCAUUCCCCUGGAUAAGGUAUGUGACAAGCGCAAGGAUUGCCCUGACGGCGAGGAUGAGCCGGCGGGCAAGUGUGGCAUUAAUGAGUGCGACACCAAAAAUGGUGGCUGCAUGCAUCGUUGCGUGGAUCAUCCGGUGGGCUAUAGCUGUGAAUGCCACGAGGGCUAUAAGCUAGCCAGCGAUGGCCACCAUUGUAUGGAUAUCGAUGAGUGCGAAGAGCCGGGCGUCUGCUCCCAGAUCUGUGUCAAUGAAAUCGGCAGCUUUAAGUGCGAAUGCGAGGCGGGCUAUAUGCGCGAUUCGAGCAAUCACACACGCUGCAAGGCGACAGAGGGACACGCCUCUCUCCUGUUGGCGCGUCGCCAAGACAUACGCAAGAUUUCGCUGGAUCACAUGGAAAUCACAUCAAUUGUGAACAAUACGAAGUCGGCCACAGCUUUGGAUUUUGUGUUCCGCACGGGCAUGAUCUUCUGGAGCGAUGUCACCACGCAGAGCAUCUACAAGGCGCCGAUCGAUGAGGGCAACGAGAAGACCGUCGUCCUGAAGCAGUCAUCGGUUACCUCGGAUGGCCUGGCCGUCGACUGGAUAUACAACCACGUCUACUACACGGACACGCACAAGUGCACCAUCGAGCUGACCAACUUUGAUGGCAACAUGGGCAAGGUUUUGAUCGAGGAUGCGCUCGACAUACCCCGCUCCAUAGCGCUCGAUCCCAUCGAGGGCUGGAUGUACUGGUCCGACUGGGGCGCCUCGCCGCGCAUUGAACGCGCCGGCAUGGAUGGCUCCCAUCGCACGACUAUCAUCAACUACGAUGUGAAGUGGCCCAAUGGAAUCACUUUGGAUUUGGUGAGGAAGCGCAUCUACUGGGUGGAUGGCAAGCUGAAUGUCAUCUCCUCGGCCAACUACGAUGGCUCACAGCGCAGACAGAUCCUCUACUCAACUGAGUAUCUGCGGCAUCCGUUCUCCAUAAGCACCUUUGAGGAUUACAUCUACUGGACCGACUGGGACAAGCAGACGGUCUUCAAGGCCAACAAAUUUACUGGCGAGGGUGUGGAGCCCAUCACGGCUGUGCAUAUGCUCCAACAUCCCAUGGUCAUCCAUGUGUAUCAUCCUUAUCGCCAGCCCGAUGGCAUUAAUCACUGCCAAGCGGUUAAUGGCCACUGCUCGCAUCUCUGCCUGCCGGCGCCGCGCAUCAAUGAGCGCAGUCCGCGCAUAUCCUGCGCCUGCCCCACGGGCCUUAUGCUCAUGUCCGAUGGUCUGAUGUGUGUCGAAGAUCUACGCAUACGCCCCGUGAAACCCACGAGGCGAGUAAAUCCAACUACGACACGGGUCAAAGUCUCGACGUCGUCGCCAACACUCGCGAAUCUACCUCAAGAUGCGCCCAGCUUAGCGCAGGAUGCUGAAAACACUGGAAAUGCGACACAUACGGGCGGCAAGGUCGCGGAGACGGCGCAGCCAACGGAAGGAGAUUCGGGCAAAAUAGCCCUAAUUGUCAUAGGGGCGCUGAUAGCCGCAGCAGCUGUUAUAAGCUUAUCCUACUGCGUGUUAAAGAAAUACCCAAAGCGGGGCAAUACAAUGAACUUUGUAAAUCCCACGUACAACAAGACCACAGAGGAUAAUUUCAGUUUGGAAAAGAAUGCGACUAUCAAUAGAUAUGCCACGGCUGUUGAGGAAGAGGUAAGCGGGUCAAUAGUGACGUCAGCGCCAAAUCCAAAUGAUUUUAGCUAUGUGAGAUUUUAAGCUAAACGCUAGAGAAAGAAAAGUUAUGCCUAAGCUAGAACUAAAUGUUGUAUAUAGAUGGAUAAGUAUUCGAUAGGGUUUAAGCAACAACUACUCAAGACCAUGAUGGCAAAGAGUCAAAGAAAGAGAUAGAGAGAAAGAGAGAGUAUUUAAGUUGAAUGUUUAGGGCUAAGUUUAAGCUAAGCAUAGGAAAUUGAAGUACAAUUUGGUAGCGAGUUGGGCGACACUUAGAAGCCCUUAUGUAUAUUCAACAACAAAUAUCUGAGUGUUUAUAACAGCUAAAUAUGUUGUACCACAAAUCUAUCAUAUUUGAAAACAAAUUAUUAUCAUAUCAAUGUGUUAUAAAUAAUAGUUAUAGAUAUAUGUGUGUGCUUAUGUAAUUACCGAGCCACAGAGCUAUGCGCAAUUAAAUAGGUUUUAUUUGUGGAAAAAAGAGAAACAAAAAAAUCCAAAUCCUCAAAAAGUUGUGACCAUUUUUAAUACAAUUUUUGGCAUGAGGUUGAAUAGCUAUAAAAACCAAAAGAAAAGUCAUCUUAAAUUUUAUUUAUUCUAAAAAAAAGUGCGUCAUUUCAUAAAAAAAGCUUAUAUAUUUCCACAAACUUAUUUUGAUGCCACAUUUUCCAUAUUCAAAUUGAAAUUUGUAAGCACAGGUCGAUGCGUUGAGCAUUGAGCUCUCUGACAAAAGUGUAUUAGACUAAUUUCUUAGAAGAAAGAACGAAUUAAAUUCUCCAGCUUCACGGUAUCUAAUGUAAAUUUUCGAAUGCCAUCAGCUAGUUUAUCACUGGCCAUGGCAUCUUCGUUCAUUAACCAUCUGAAUUUCUUCUCAAAAAGGCAAAUUUGCUUGAUAUUUUGCUUUUUGGCAUUCGACACAGACAAUUGGACGGGCACCUCACCGCGAUCAUCUUCCAAUUCUUUCAGCAGAGCUGGGCUAAUCGUUAGCAGAUCGCAGCCGGCUAAUGCUUUGAUUUCGCUCGUAUUUCGAAAAGAUGCGCCCAUAAUUGAGGUAUUGUAACCAUUUUUCUUAUAGUAGUUAUAGAUAUUUCGUACGGAUAUAACGCCCGGAUCAUCGUUGGGCUCAAAGCUUUUCGUAUCCGUAUUUGCGAUAUGCCAAUCCAGAAUUCGGCCCACAAACGGCGAGAUUAAUGUUACGCCAGCCUCCGCACAGGCAACAGC